GCACGCGAUGUCUCAUCGUUCUCGUGUGUUUAUACUCCGGUCGUGACGAUACAGUGUCAGACGGUGAAGACGGGUGCUCAUAUCUUCAUCGCGGGAUCAUCGUCGAGAAAGCGUGCAACGCGAUGAUCGAAUGCGACAUUGUAUCGACGGACAGCUCGUGUGCGCUGCCGUAUUUAUGAGAACGAGUUACUAGCUACGAUACGAUCGACGUUACAGUCAUCGAUACCAGAAGGAUGUCGGACGAUGAGAGGCAAAUUAGAAUGGCUGCUGAGGCUAUAUUAAGUGGCUCCAUUAAUUCUCAGAGGAGCUCGGUCACCCAACACAGCAUCACGAGAACACCAGAUAUCGUUCUCAGUGAGGAUUUGAUCGCAGGAGCGAGAUACAACGGCAGGAUGUCCCAUGUCAGACGUUCGUUCUGUCUCUUUGUCACUUUCGAUCUCCUCCUUACGUUUCUCAUGUGGUUGAUUUGUACAAUGAUCGCAGGCCAAAGUUUAAAAACAGCUUUCAUCGAUCAGGUGGUGCACUAUCAUAUAAAGACAUCUCUGUUCGACAUCGUGAUGGCAGCGAUUUGCAGGUUCACAGUCUUGUUGCUCUUUUAUGCGCUGUUGUACGUCAAUCACUGGAUCAUCAUAGCUAUAUCAACUGCCGCAACAUGUGUCUUUUUGAUCGCGAAGGUUUUUGCUUUCGACUGGUUAUCGACCAAUCAACCGGUAUUCCAAGUUUUGCUGAUCAUUACAUCUUUUGUAUUAGCAUGGGCAGAGGCGUGGUUCUUCGAUUUCCGUGUGAUUCCACAGGAAAUUCAAGCGAGAAAUUGGUUUCGAAAUCAUCCGGCAACGGAGAGAUCCCCACUGAUACAAGCAGUUUCCGAAUCACGGCAAUACAGUAACGUCGACCACACAAGCACAUUUUUCACGCCUAUGGACUCCGAUAAUUCUGACAAUGACGACGAUAUCUCUAGGAAACAAGGAGACGCGAGUAUGUCCAUACCCACCGAAGUACUCAUGAGCGUAACGGCCCUUACGCCUUACGAGGUGGACGAGUACAAGACGAAGGCGUCGAAAUUGUUGCAAAGCUGCCACGACUUGUUGACGUCAAAGGAGUGGAAGGUUGAGUGCACCACGACCGAAGGCGAUGUUGUGUCUUAUAUGGAAUUGCCCAAGCCGGACGGAAGAAUCGUAAAGAUCACCGGCGUCGUGGAUGCGCCUGCCAGCACGUUAGUCGAUUGGCUGUUUGAGGGUAUCGAGGAGCAAGCUUCGUGGAACAAGCUCGUAAUGGAGUCGAUGAAGCUGCAGAAUAUCGACGAGAACACGGAUAUCGUGUACCAAUCGACAAGCCCGCAAGGCGGCGGGCUCAUCACGGCGCGAGAUUUCAUUAUCCUGCGGCAUCGCAACAAAUACGGCGAUUAUUACAUCAGCAGCGGUGUGUCCAUCCCCGCGGCGGGGAUCCCGAAUCGCAAGCACAUGAUCAGGGGCGAGAACGGCGUAGGCUGUUGGGCAGCAGAGGAAUUGUCUGACGAGAACAGCAACAAAUGUCGCUUCACAUGGAUCCUAAACACGAACCUGAAGGGCUGGAUACCGCAGAAAGUGGUGGAUAGAACGGUGUCCACCGCUCUCAUAGAUUUCAUGACGUACUUGAGGAAACACCUGGACGAAUCAGAGAAGUGAGUCUGAGGCAGCAUCGCUUGCAGGAGGACGAUACAGAUCGGGUCCUACCUGCCUUCGUCGAACUACUACGUAAGAAACAUCCUGCGAACGUGUAACGCGCCUGAUCCCGUGAUAUUCGCGUGCACACGAUUCUAAAGGAAAUUUAAGUGAGAGACCUAACGAAGAGCGCGGGCAUUUCCUUUUUUUUUUUCUUUUUUCCAAUAUAGUUUAGUCCGGCGAUUGACUACAGUACAGAGAGCGCAUUUAAGAUAUCGUGCGAGAUAUGACAAGUCUACAUUCGUCCAUCGCGAAAGGAAGACGCAUAAAUCGAUCACAAUUUUACGAUUUAUAUAUAUCAAGGCUAUAUUCCAAAACGUUCUGUUCAACGAAAAUUUUACUUGGCGGCUGUUUCAUCAAAACCUGACAAGCCUUUCUGAUUGGUUCUUCUUUCGAAUAGGAACCAAUCGGAAACGCUUUAUUUCUUGCAAAAUUAUGAAAUAGCCAGAGGAUAAAAUUUUUCUCGAAAAGAAUGUUUUGGAAUGUAGUCCAAAUGAUGAAAAAGAUGUAUAUGUUCCAUUUAUACUCGCGUAAAUGUAUCAUUCUUGUCAGUUUUUUUUUUUUUUUUAAUUUCAUAGAAAUCUCACGGAUCAUCAUCAUGUACGGAUAUUGCGUCUUACAUCGUGCACGGUAAAGAAAAAAUGCUGUCGAUAGAACUGGUCAACAGUGCCAUAAUUGGAGUCAAUUUUUUCGAUAUCCACAGCAAUAUUAUCGAAAUUAAUACGUAUUAUUUUAAUAACUUGUGUAUUAGUUUCGCAACAAUAUUGCUGUUGAAUCAGAAAGAUUUAGUAUCUAUGGUAUAGACAGAAAAACAGUAAGGAAAUUGACCAAUCACAGUGGAUUAUUCUCUUUACGAUCAAAGAAUAAUCGACUUGGUCAAGGUGCUUGCAUCUUGUUGCUCACAUUUUCGUGUAUACUACAAAUCUUAUUCCGAUUCAGCGCUUUUGACCGAUUCUACCGAUGCGCAGCACCGCUUUCUUUCCAUAUGAUCCAGUGUCGCUUUAAAAGUGGCACACUGUGUUUCUCCGCAUGUGAUCUCCGUCUCCCUAGAGGCUAACUUCUCGAUUACGUGAUCUUUUAUCUAAUGACUAUCUCUACAUGCGUUUCCGUUUUCUUAUUUUGAAUUGCGAUAUACGUGGCAGACCGGAUACUAUUAUUCUGUUAUAAUAAUCGUGUUAUCCUCUCUCAAAUAUGAGACGCAUGUCGUGUAAAAUAGUUCCAAAUAUUAUACGUGCUUUUUGUAAGUGCCUACGAAUCGGUUCGGUUAAGCGCCGGUAUCUCUCAUACAUCGAAGAUACACACACGCACACGCGCGCGCGCGCGUGUAAAUUCACACGCGCAUACGCUUGAUGCGGAAGAAAGAAAGGAGAAAACCUUUCGUGACAUAUAGAAGAUAAAGAAUAUACGAUUCUAUAUGAUACUUAUGUAUGUAAAUAUGCAUAGCGUCGCGAUUGAACAACUUUCGAUCGCACAGCGAGUUCGAACUUGAUUCUGUACAUAUAUAACGCUCGAGGAUAUUGAAAUAGGGAAUGUCUUUCACGCGAAAAGAAAAAUCAAUUCAAAAGUCAUAUUUUUAUUUAUAAACAAGAAUAUAUAAAUAUAUAUAAUCUUAUAUGAAGACAAAAUUUGUCCUUUCUUAAAGAAAUUCCAUAUAAUUCCACUAAAAAUCCCAUAUUCUUACUAUUCAAGAAUAUUUUUUUAUGAAUUGAAAGUAAAAAGAAAUAUUGGAUAGAAAGAACGAUGUAUUUGCAAACUGAUCCAGUUGUUAUUUAUUCCUCUCGUUUAAUGAAAAUUAUUCUUGAAUAUAACAUGAAGACAUUUUUAAAUUAUAUAGAAUUUCAUUAUGCAAGUUUUAUCU